GCUGUAGAGAGUCUGGCAACCUGUGUGGCGCUUCGUUUCUUUCUCCAUGUGUUUUGGCCAACGUUGAUUUUGGCACGUGGUGAGCGUCCGGCACGUUUUCGGCGUUAACAUUUGAUAAAGUGCCAUGAGCUUUGGUGGUGGCGGAAACUUCCGUGGAGGCCGUGGAGGCUUCCGCGGUGGUAGUGGCGGCGGCGGUGGUGGCUUUCGAGGUGGCGGCGGCUUUCGAGGCGGCAGCGGUGGUGGCUUUCGUGGAGGCCGUGGAGGUGAUAGGGGUGGGUUUGGUGGUCGUGGAGGAGGCCGUGGCGGCAGAGGUGGAGGUUUUCGGCGCGACUUUGACAUGGCGCCUCCCGACGAGGUUGUUGAGUUUGCUUACCUGAGCCACCCAUGCCAGGAUGACUUGGUGGCCAAAGUGACCGAAGAACGGGUGCCUUUCUUUAAUGCUCCACUUUACUUGGAAAACAAGCAGCCGAUUGGCAAAGUUGAUGAGAUCUUUGGUCCUAUCAAAGACUAUUACGUCUCCGUCAAGCUUCAGGAGGACGUAAAGGCCAGCUCAUUCAGCAAAAAGCAAAAGUUCUACAUAGACCCCCGCAAGCUGACACCGCUAGCGAGGUAUCUACCUGGCUACCAGCAGAACCGUGGCGGCGGAAGAGGAGCUGGGGGCAGAGGUGGAGGCCGUGGCGCACCCCGUGGACGUGGUGGAUUUGGUGGACGCGGUGGUGGUGGUGGAUUUGGAGGCCGAGGAGGCGGGGGAUUUGGAGGCCGAGGAGGUGGUGGAUUCGGAGGCCGAGGCGGCGGUGGAUUUGGAGGCCGGGGAGGCGGCGGGUUUGGAGGUCGAGGAGGAGGUGGAUUUGGGGACAGGGGUGGAGGCGGUGGAUUUAGAGGAAGAGGUGGCUUUGGUAACAGGGGAUUCUCCAGGUCAUGAUCCAAGUACUGUUGCUUCAACUCAAAGCAACACUUGGCAUUGUAUAGGAACAGUUUUUUCUGAACUGUGUCAUUUUAUUUUUCAAACGACUGCACCUAUGAAUAAAGGUGCCCCACUACUUUUACAAGGA